AUGUGCAGUGCAGUGGCACAUGCUGCGCGGGCGCGGCGCGUUGAUCUGUUCUUGAAGCUGCAGCAAGCAUGUGCAGCGGAGGCGCAGGCUGCGUCCCGGCCCAUCACCGUCACCAUCCAGACGCCGCAUCGCGACCAGGAGCCAGCUCACGUCAUCGCCGCCUCACACACAACCGUCCCUGCACAGCUCAUGAGAGGGAUAUCCAACCGGAACCAGAUUGCGGCGUGCCGGGUCAAUGGACACCUGUGGGACUUGAUGCGUCCUCUCACGGACACGUGCCAUCUGCAGUUUCUCUUCUGGGACACCGACUGGGACUACGGGCUCAAAGAGAUGUGCUGGCACUCUGGAGCGCACGUGCUGGGCGCGGCACUCGAGGAAGUGUAUGGCGACGAUAUCCUGCUGUGUGACGGCCCGCCUGUCAAGCGCGGGGCUGGUUUCUUCUACGAAGGGCACCUGAAGCACGGCCAGACCGUAAACACGGACGCGCUGGCUCAGGUCGAGAAACACAUGCACGAGCUGUGUAGACUGCAGCACGACCUCCAACGCAUCGACGUCACCCCAGAGCAAGCGCUGGAUGUGUUCUGCGACAAUCCGUUCAAGCAGCACUUUAUCCAUCGCGCCCAGCAGCAGGGCGAAACCUCCAUCUCCAUCUACAAGCUCGCCAGCUUUGUUGACCUGUGUGAAGGCCCGCACAUCCGGAACCUUCGUCCGUUUUCCUCCAAAACGAUUGCGCUGACGUCAACGUCGCAAGCGGAAUUCGACUGGAGUGGACGCGAAGAGAUGAAACCGGACAACUGGGACACACACACGCCGCUCACACGCACAUACGGCAUCUGUUUCCCCUCCAAACAGAUGUUUCGGCACUGGAAACGCGAUGUGGAGGAGCGAGAGAAGUACAACCACAGCGCCGUUGGGAAAUCCCUCUCCAUCUUCAUGCAGCAUGACACAAGCCCAGGUCCCGUAACGAGCCGUUGUCGAGAUGCUGUUGCAUGUGUGCGUGCGUGUGUGCGCGUGUGA